AUGGCUUCAUCAUCUUCUAAACAAGCAUCUAUGAAUGCCGAAUAUGGUAAAAAUCUGUAUAUCAAACCAAGAACGAUUAAUAUCAGGAAGGAGGAUCUGAAACUCAUUGUGGAGCAGAUUAUUGAUUUGGAAUCCUUCAAUAUGAAUGGAUAUCCCAUCUGGAGUCUCUUUAAAGAGCAAGAAUUGGUUUCAUUAUUUGAUAUGUUAAAUGGACCAACCUAUCCUUAUAUGGUCAAUGAUUUUUGGGUUAGAGCUGAGGUGUAUGAUGAGUUAGAUACUUCUAUUGAAGAAAAUCAAAAGGUUGCCGAAGAUAAUUAUUUGAGAGGGGAUAAUAGAAAGGAAAUGGGACUGAAAGAGUUCAACAAAGUGGAAAUAAGGUCUAGUGUGAUGGGAUUUGAUGUUACCAUCACUCAGAAAAUUAUUUCCAAGCUUUUUGGUGUGUCAUCUGUAACACCUCAAAUUCGAUUAACUAAUUAA